CUCGCUCAGGAGGUUAGGCAACUCUGGUAGCUGUUUAAGGCCGGUUGUCCUCUCAGAAGUCUGCGCUUCUGGUUUAAGUAGCCGGUUGCUACCAAUACUUCGCCAGGAAUCGUUUCACCUUGACAGCAUACAGUAUCGCCCUUGCAGCGAAGCUGGUGACGAACUAAACCAGUUAGUCUCGUCACUCGUCAUUGUCGACCAUACCGACGUCUAACCCUGUACUGACCCAUCGUUUCAAACAAGGAAAUAGCUCUAUGUCGUUGUUACUAUGACUAAGAGAAUUGCAAGGAAGUAUUUCCGCUAAAUCCGACAGCACUGUAGCCACCACAAUCAUAUGCUGCAUCGCCACAGAUGGUCGUCCCAGAUAACACCACAACACAGGAAGAUGGGCUCUAAAUAUGAAUGCGUGGAAAGCAUCAACAUCCGCACCGACGGUGACACGGAAACACCGGAAGUUGUUGACGUGGCAGUUUUGUCCGUGAAAGGCUCCCUGGUUAUGGUGGUCUCUGACCACAACAAUAACUGUCUCAAAUCCUUCUACACCAAGGAUGGUCGGAAAUAUAAUACAAAGGUAAUGACGAAAGAAAAACCCCUAGGUCUAGCAAAACUUUCCUCCAAUAGGAUUGCAGCAGCGGUGUCGCCAAAUCGUAUAGUUCUGGUCGAGGCAACUCCAGAUCUUCAACUUCUGUCUGUUCUGGAGACAUGCAGGCAGUACCGUGGUCUGGCCGCGCUGACCGAUUUAACUAUAGCAGCAGCUUCCUUAACUUUUAGCAUCGACAUCUUGGAUAUGGAUGGAUGUGUCUUGAGGUCAGUUUCUGUACCAGACACUGGUCAGGAAAUCGUUCCUAUUCCAUAUUAUAUUUGUGCGUCACAGACAGGAAAUAUUCUGGUCUCGGACUACGGAUCCAAAUUUGUCUACUGCCUGUCGCCAGAUGGAGAAGUCGUUUUUGCGGACAUGCCAAGGGGUGAGAGAAGUCUACAACAUCCGCGUGGAAUUACUGUCACAAACUCCGGGGAUAUUUUCCUAGCAGAUUGGGGAGCUAAUGUCAUAAUACACCUAUCUGAAGAUGGUCAGUUUGUAAGGCAUGUUUUGAGCAUUAAGGACGGUAUUAUCAAACCCUAUGGAUUAUGUGUGGACGAUCAGGACCAGCUGUAUGUGUGUCUCAAGGGGGAAGUCAAAGUGUUUGGACGUGGACCUAUGAACCGUGUAGACGUUAUGUAACCAUGUAUACCUGACGAUGCCAAUUAGAACGUGAGAAUCCCUUGACAGUGUCAAAGUCACCAAGAACUUCUUAAGGGAACAGUUCCCGUUCAGGCGCGGAUCCACAAAGCGUCUGUUAGCACGACGAUGUUCGCAAACUAUACGUUACAAUGGGCCAUAACUUAACAAGUGCUUUGUGCAUCGGGACCCUUGGUCCUAAUCCCCAAAACGUUUGUAGCGCUACGACGUUCGUAACCCUGUGUUAAACUAUAGAGUUCCGACAGGUCGUAACGUUACGAACGCUUUGUGGAUCGGGACCCUGGUUUCUAACAUAACACUGACUUUGGAUGUCAUGUAACUCCUGGGGCGGUGGGGUAGCCUAGUGAUUAUAGCAUUCGCCAAAGGCCCGGGUUCGAUUUCCCACAUGGAUACAAUGUGUGAAGCCCAUUUCUGGUGUCCCCCGCCCUGAUAUUGCUGUAAUAUUGCUAAAAGCGGCGUAAAACCCAACUCCCCCACUCACUCAUGUAACUCCUGUUUGUGUGUCAGCUAUCAGUAAUAACUGAAGCAAGGAUUCAAAUGUUGGUGUCACAGAAGUUAACCACCCAGUUCUCAACUGUUUAGCUUGUGUCUUGCUGGUUCUGCCCUGAAACUUGACAGAACACGCGUCAUCUGCUUAAUGAGUUUACCCCUGGCACAUAAGAACUCAGCAAAACGAUGAAAGAUGAAAAACUGGAGUCCGAUCAAAUGAAUUUCUGUAUGUAAUAUUCAUCACCUGACGCGGUCCCCAAGGAUGUGUAUCUCCAGGGGGAAUGCUCAUAUGAAGUAUUUUCCAUUGAAAUGACAGUGACAUAAGUGCACUGUUCUGUGACAAGUACACAAUGUAUCGCUAUUCUUUAUGCAUAGUUUGUCAGAGCAGCGGAGCCGAAAACUACCUCUCAUGGUGUCUCACGACCAUGCUGUUGAUUUUGUGUGUGUAUUCUAAGCCACACAGUUCAUUUGGUAGGGUUACAACAGUCAGAUUCUUUUAAAAAAGCAGGUCAAUAUUUACAUAUGCAACUUGCAUACAAUCAUUGAUCCCCUCAUAUAGCUGAAUGUCUGGAGGACGGGUAAUCAUGUCGGGUG